GUUAUUCGCUUUAUUUCGUUCGGUGCGGGCGGAAACUCCCGAAAUUUCGAGGAGCCGAAAAUAUUUCAAAUUCUUAUCACUUAUUCUAAUAAAAAUGCAACUAGUAUAAAUAAACGUAAAGUGCCUGCAGAAAAUUAGUGUGAGUGAGUGAGCAAAAAAAAUAAUUGCAGAAUCAUGAAUAAACAACAACAAAGCGCUUUGUUUUUGUUGCUGCUGGCUGUGACGUCGCAAGGAGCCAGCGCAAACGCCGAUGCUGACGCCGACGUCGCUGCAGCGCCGGAGACCAAUUGGAAUGACAAAAUCAAAGUGUUCACCGUGGCCACUGAACGCACCGAUGGCUAUACCAGAUAUUUCCGAUCUGCACGGGUCUACGACAUUGAGGUGACGACUCUUGGCUUGGAAGAAGAAUGGAAAGGAGGGGAUAUGCAAAGACCCGGCGGCGGUUUCAAGCUUAAUCUUCUGAGGGAAGCCAUUGCGCCCUAUAAAAAUGAUCCUGAAAUAAUAAUACUAUUUACAGACAGCUACGAUGUGAUUAUUACUACAACGCUGGAUGAGAUCUAUGAGAAGUUCAAAGAGUCAGGAGCUAAGAUACUAAUCUCUGCGGAGAAAUACUGUUGGCCCGAUAAAAGUCUUGCCAAUGACUAUCCCGAAGUGGAGGGCAAGGCUUCUCGAUUCCUAAACUCAGGUGCAUUUAUUGGAUAUGCACCACAGGUUUAUAGCCUACUUGAAGAGCCAAUUGAAGAUGCUGCCGACGAUCAGCUGUAUUUGACAAAGAUUUUCCUCGACGAGGCAAAACGCGCCAAGCUAGGCAUUAAGCUGGACACACAAUCCAGGCUAUUCCAAAACCUACAUGGUGCCAAGAACGAUGUGAAACUUAAAGUGGAUCUGGAAAGCAAUCAGGGUGUUCUGCAGAAUGUGGAUUUCAUGACCACGCCGUCUAUUAUCCAUGGCAAUGGAUUAAGCAAAGUGGAUUUGAAUGCCUAUGGUAACUAUUUGGCAAGGACUUUUAAUGGAGUCUGCCUGUUGUGCCAGGAAAAUCUUUUGGACUUGGAUGAGAAAGAACUUCCGGUAAUCUCGUUGGCCCUGAUUGUCACACAACCCGUGCCUUUCUUCGAUCAGUUCCUCGAAGGAGUAGAGAAGAUUAACUAUCCCAAGGAGAAGCUUCACUUGCUCGUCUACAGCAAUGUGCCAUUCCACGAUGAUGACUGCAAGUCGUUUGUGACCAAGCAUGAAGAGGAAUACGCCAGUGCUAAAUAUGUUCUUUCUACGGAUGAACUGGAUGAGCGGCAAGGCAGGCAGCUGGCCAUUGACAAAGCUCGUCUCCAUCGUAGCGACUAUAUAUUCUUCGUGGACGCAGAUGCGCACAUUGACGAAGGCGAGGUGCUCCGGGAGCUGCUCAGGCUGAAUAAGCAAUUCGUGGCGCCGCUCAUUACCAAGCACAACGAGCUGUGGAGCAACUUUUGGGGAGCCCUUUCCGAGGGUGGUUACUAUGCCAGGUCACACGACUAUGUGGAUAUUGUGAAGCGGGAACUGAUUGGAAUGUUCAACGUGCCCCAUGUGACCAGCAUGUAUCUGGUGAAGAGCACUGCCUUUGAUGCCAUCUCCUUCAAGCACAAUGAAUUCGAUCCCGACAUGGCCAUGUGUGAGUCACUCAGGAAUGCUGGAGUCUUCAUGUACAUCAGCAAUCUGCGCAUAUUCGGUCACUUGGUCAACACCGAUAACUUUAAUAGUUCGGUGACACGUCCGGACUUCCAUACGCUGUUUAGCAACCGCUAUGAUUGGGCGGAGAAGUACAUACACCCGAACUACUCGCUUCAGCUUAAUACCAGCUACAAGAUACCGCAGCCGUGUCCGGAUGUUUUCUGGUUCCAGAUCGUGACGGACGCUUUCUGUGACGAUUUGGUGGCCAUCAUGGAGGCUCACAACAGCUGGUCAGAUGGCAGCAACAGCGACAGCCGUCUAGAAGGUGGAUACGAGGCAGUGCCCACAAGGGACAUUCACAUGAAGCAGGUGGGACUGGACCAACUGUAUCUAAAGUUCCUUCAGUUGUUCGUGCGCCCGCUGCAGGAGCGAGUCUUUGAGGGAUACUUCCACAAUCCUCCCCGUUCGCUGAUGAACUUCAUGGUGCGCUAUCGUCCGGAUGAACAGCCUUCGCUGCGUCCCCACCACGACUCCUCCACGUACACCAUCAACAUUGCCAUGAACAAGGCGGGAAUCGACUACGAGGGCGGUGGCUGUCGCUUCAUUAGGUACAACUGUUCCGUGACCGACACGAAGAAGGGAUGGAUGCUGAUGCACCCGGGACGACUGACUCAUUACCAUGAGGGUCUGCUUGUGACCAAUGGCACUCGUUACAUCAUGAUUUCGUUCAUCGAUCCGUAGGGGAGCCAACAAACUAUAAGUCAUACUCUUUAUCAAACUGCCAUAUCGGCCAAUCCAAAGAACUGCAUACUAAGCCCAAUGAACGAAUUGUGUCGAUGGAAUUGCGGCAUCGGCCCUCUGUUUCUGAUGAUUUUACAUACUACUUUUGAGAUCGAUAGCUUUAGGAUCCCUCGAUGAAUCUGUUGCAGCCUUAAGUUAAUUAUAAGUUUUUUUACCAAGUGCAAAGUGUUCAAUUUUUGAAUAAAUAAUUUAAUUCAAUAAUUAA